UGCAUGUAGGUCACGCACUGAUGACCUUCAUUUCUCAGUCAGUCAUGGUAAAUGGAUAUUGCAUUCGAGCUUGCUCAUGAGGCACUGAGAUGUAAUGAGGUACCAGUAGGAUGUGCAUUUGUCUUUGAAGGAAAUGUGAUUGCUACGGGUCGAAAUGAAGUGAAUGCAACUAGAGAUGCUACCCAGCAUGCUGAAAUGGUAACAAUAAAGCGUUUGGAAAAGUGGUGUAAAGAACAUGACAAGGAAUUUGAGAAAGUGCUAGGUGGAUGUGAGCUGUAUGUUACGGUAGAACCUUGUAUAAUGUGUGCAGCGGCUCUACGUUAUUGUCUUCCAGCCCAUCUAAAGAGUAUUACAUAUGGUGCCCGCAACGAACGCUUCGGUGGGUGUGGUUCAGUCCUAAAUGUGCAUAAUGCUCCUAGUGAGGUCGCUCCGCUAAACUGCAUACCCGGAGUUGAUGCCGAGAAAGCCGUUAAAUUACUAAAACAGUUUUAUACACAAGAAAACGAAAAUGCCCCAGAAGAAAUUCGAAAGCGCAAGCGUGUAUCUGAACCUCUAGUUGAUUUAAUUUCCUAAGUCGACGGACAAUGAUGAUUUUGACAAAUGCUAAUUAAAUUAUUAGUACCAUUUA